AUCUGUGGCUGCCUGAGAGACCAAAGAAAACGAGGACUUUGCGCAAUUGCUGAUAUGGAGCAGGUGCUAUCAACGGGCAGACCCGUGCAGAUCACUGUGACAGAUGGAUAUGAUUUGAAAGGUUCUAAAGGAGAUACUCCAGUUACCUUUAUUCGUGCAGAAUUCAAUCAAGUGGUUCUGGGAGACUCUGCAAAAAUUACUGUUUCUCCGGAAGGAACUGCAAAAUACAAUUUCACUUGCAGUUUUGAAUUUAAUCCUGAAGGAGGAAUCACUUUAGAUGACCUCGCUCGCAAACCUGUGUUCUUAACCAUGACUGAAGUUUUACCAAAAGAAAGGAAACUAAAAGAGGAGAAGACCUUAAUUCUUGGUCAAGCUGUGGUGGACCUUCUUCCCUUAUUAGCAGGAGAGACUUCAUUUGAAACAACAGUCCCAUUGCAUCCUGUGCAGGGCUCACUUUUAGAAACUCCUCGAUUAGGUGCUAAGCAGUGCAGUCUUGAAGUUAAAGUAUUUGCAGCAGAGCCCUUACUGACCGCAGCCCAGAUGUCAGGGGGCAAUCUACUGAAGGUCACAUUGGAGGCUGCCUACUCUGUGCCUGAAUCCUUUGUUCCAGUAGGGACCCUGCAGAACUACAUGGUUGGUCUGCAAGUUCCAUCGCUUGGAGAGAAGGACUACCCCAUUUUAUUCAAGAAUGGAACUCUGAAGCUUGGAGGGGAAAGAGAACCUGUUCCCCGGCCAAAAAAAUGGCCUAUUGCCAACAUUCUGGCUCCAGGAGCUAAUAACAUUCCUGAUGCAUUCAUCGUUGGUGGUCCUUAUGAGGAAGAAGAAGGAGAACUCAACCACCCUGAGGACAGAGAAUUUAGGAACCAAGCAGAGUGCAUGAAGAAAAGGAUUAUUUGGGACUUGGAAAGUCGCUGCUAUCUUGAUCCUCCUGCAGUGGUCAGUUUUCAGAAGCGAAUUGUUGAUUGCCGGCUUUGGCCUGUAGAGAUCACAAGAGUUCCUCUGGUUGUUGUACCCAAAGGGAAAGCUGGCAAAUUUGAUAAGACUGAGGAUGAAGGUCAGCUUUCAUUUCAUGGAGUAGCUUACGUUAAUAUGGUCCCAUUGCUAUAUCCAGGUGUGAAGAGAAUUCGGGGAGCUUUUCAUGUUUAUCCUUACCUAGACACUAUAGUCCAUGAAAAGACCAAGUGUUUAUUUAGCUUAUUCCGGGAUACUGGCCAUCAUUUCAUUCAAAAUAAUAAAAUAGGAGGAAUUCAUUCUCCACUUUCCAAACAAGUUGUUUCUAAGAAUCUGAGAGAAGAUAAAACAGUCAAAGAAAAGGACAUAGAUGGAAGGCUUAGGCCUGGGGAUGUGCAAGCAUCUAGUAUAAAAUCUCAGAGCUCAGAUACACCGUUGGAAGGUGAACCCCCUGUAAGCCAUAAUCCAGAAGGACAGCAAUAUGUAGAAGCAGGGACAUACAUUGUGUUGGAGAUCGAGCUGGACAAAGCCUUGGUUCCAAAACGAAAGCCAGAGGAGCUAGCCAGAAGGGUCAAGGAAAUGAUUCCUCCAAGGCCACCUCUUCCGCGUCGGACAGGAGGAGCUCAGAAGGCAGUGAGUGACUACCACUCACAGAUCAAGAACAUUUCUAGAGCCAUUCUGGAUGAGUACCACAGAAUGUUUGGAAAACAGGUGGCCAAACUGGGGCAUGAUAUAGAUAGUGAAACCCUGGAGGAGCAAAAGUGCCAGCUCAGCUAUGAACUUAAUUGUUCUGGAAAAUACUUUGCUUUCAAAGAACAACUCAAGCAUGCUGUGGUAAAGAUUGUAAGAGAGAAAUACCUGAAGACAACAUCAUUUGAAAGCCAGGAGGAACUGCAGACAUUUAUCAGUGAGCUCUAUGUGUUCUUAGUAGAUCAGAUGCAUGUGGCCGUAAACCAGACCAUGCCAGAUGAUAUCCAAGACACUACUUCAACCAUUUAUAAAAGCAAUGAACAGCUUCGACUCUUUGCAUUUGAAGCAGAAGUCAAUGAGAACUUUGAAAUGGCAGCAGUGUAUUAUGAGGAGAGGUUGGUUCGUGACCCACAGAACCUUGAUCACUGGCUGGACUAUGGUGCCUUCUGCCUUCUAACUGAAGACAACGUCAAAGCACAAGAAUGUUUUCGGAAAGCCCUUUCCCUCAACCAGAGUCAUAUCCACAGCUUACUGCUGUGUGGUGUCCUGGCUAUUCUGUUGGAGAACUAUGAGCAAGCAGAAAUUUUCUUUCAAGAUGCCACUUGCUUAGAACCAACCAAUGUUGUAGCCUGGACUUUACUUGGUUUGUACUACGAAAUUCAAAACAAUGACAUUCGAAUGGAAAUGGCAUUUCAUGAGGCAGCCAAACAGCUUCAGGCACAAGCAACAAAGCAAAAGAGCACUGACAGCAUACAGUAUGUUGAAGAAAAAGGGAAAAUAGGAUCCAGUUUAGGCCCUUGGGGACCCACAGGUGGUUCUUCUACAAUAGCAAUCAAGGCAGAAGCCUCAGCAGGAGCUGCAUUAUCCAUUCUAGAUGACUUUCUUGACGAAUCUUCCAAACUUCAGUCUGAUUCACGAGAACCCAUUUUGACUACAGAAUCUCAAGAUCCAAGUAUGGGCCCAAAACUAUCUAACAUGUUUCUCAAGGAAAUACCAGCAAAAAAAGAAGCAUCAAAAUGUCAAGAUUCAGCAGAUUUCCUGCAUCCUGUCUAUUAUGGUGCUUCCCAAACUCCUCCUACCACUAUCUUCAUGGAGACCAUACGUUUCUUGAUGAAAGUUAAUGCUGUGCAGUAUGUGCACAGAGUGCUUGCACAUGAGCUGUUAUACCCUCAAGGCGGCCCCAGCUGUGAGUAUUACUUGGUGCUGGCCCAGACACACCUUCUCAAGAAGGACUUUGCCAAGACAGAGGAAUACCUUCAACAAGCAGCCCAGAUGGACCACCUGAACCCUAAUGUCUGGGGUUUGAAGGGCCAUCUCUAUUUCCUAAGUGGAAAUCAUGCUGAGGCCAAGGCGUGCUAUGAGCGAACCGUUAGUUUUGUAGUAGAUGCUUCUGGGAUGCACUUCAUCUUCCUGCGACUGGGGCUUCUCUAUCUGGAAGAGAAAGAGUAUGACAAGGCAAAGAAAAUCUACCUGCAAGCUUGUAAGAGAUCGCCUUCAUGUCUUACCUGGCUAGGACUGGGAAUCGCCUGUUACCGGCUGGAGGAGCUCACAGAGGCUGAGCAUGCUCUCUCUGAAGCCAACGCAUUAAACAACUACAAUGCUGAAGUAUGGGCAUAUCUGGCUCUGGUCUGCCUGAAAGCUGGACGGCAACUGGAAGCUGAACAGGCCUACAAGUAUACAAUGAAGCUGAAAUUGAAAGAUGAGGCUCUGCUUGCAGAGAUCCGCAUGGUACAGGAAAUGGUUGGCUUUGGAAAUCCAUCUUUCUGACAUCCUUCCAGCUGAAGAAUUUCCUGUGUGGGACUCUGAGCUGCUUUCCUUCCCAGAGAAAGUUUCACCAUAUGAAGCCUGGAGCUGGAAAACAAAAGAAUCUUCACCAUAAACAGAAACCCAUUCAUUUAUUUCCAUCGGCUAUGUUACUAGAUGUUUUACUGGUUGACAGUAAACUAGAUCACAAUAAAAAAUUGAAGUAAGAGACUCAAAA